AUGUUUUCAACAAGGACAAAAUCGGACUCUUCCACUUUUUCUAACAAACUAAUCCGAAAUACUGUCGUACCUGAAGCAAAUAGUACAACUGAAUUACCAUCCCCUCCCACCAUUCACGUUCACCACUUCCAUCACCACUCUUGCCUUCAUCAUCCCGAAGUGCUAUGUCAAAAUCCCCAACCCACGGGGUCACUAGAAUCUUCUAAUGAGUAUCAAUACGCAGUAAUUCUAAACCCUAACUCACCCCUUGGACGGACAACACAGUCGUCUUUAGCAUCUAAGCAGUCAGCUUUCACUUAUGCCAGAAAACCUGCACCCAUAGUUACUGCUACUAUUCGCCAUCCAAUUGAGACUUCGCUUCCUCUCCAAAGGCGAUAUUUCCAUUCUCCUGAACCACCACAGAGGUCACAUUCCUCAUCAAACUACAAUCCAAACGGUUCAUCCUUCACUUCGCAAAUGUCCUCGCCGUGUUUCUUGUCCUGGGACCAGCAGCAUCAACACCAGUAUCAGUACCAUCAUCAACAAAAUCAAUGCCUCAGUGGUCAUGCCAACCGCAAUGAGUGUUCAUUUGCCAAUGGAAUCAACCAUCACAACCCCCCGCCAUCCCCAUGUUCCCGAGUUAUUACUAAAGAAUCGUUGCAACAAAAUGCAUCGCCUGCUCAUGUCAUCUCAGGCUCUUGGAAAGUUAAAGAGCGAGGUUUCUAUAGCAAGAUCCUACUUCUACUUUCCAUAUCAUGCAGUGGUCUUGAGCACGGUCCUCCUUCCAUCGGCUUUUAUGGGUUUUGGGAACCGCAUUCUCAUAGAUUUUCCCAUUUUCAAGUCCAUAAGGAGAUCGAUGGUAGUCUCGUUUCUCGUCCUUAG